AAUAUUAAAAUGCUGAUUUCGUGCACGCCACAUUUACUAUCGUCAUAAAACCAAAGGGCCGACAAAUUGCUGAGCACUUUUUCACAGCGAAAUUAAUCCAAUUAAAAGCCAUUUAGAAGCAAAUAAAGAAAACUGUGAAAAAACAAAAAGAGAAGAAAAAAUAUAUAUAUAAAAAUUCUGUGGUUGAACUGUUGAUGAUUUGCGUGGAAGCAAGAAACGUUUAGCGGCCGUAGCAUUGGUGUAAAUCUCGAAAGGAUAAUAAAAGAAAAUUGUGUGCAACCGAAAAAUUCACGGCACAUACACAAUAAUCGCAAGUGAUAAGCGAGACGAAAGCAUUGCAACUGCAUCGAGUGAAUGAAAAAAAAAUCGAAUCUUUAAAACCAGAAUAGCUUCGAAAAUAGAAAAAUCGAAUUUACUGUUUGACGAAAAAAAAAAAAAAUUGGACUGAAAGUGAAAUUUGCAUACAACUGAAAUUGAACGUUCUGAGGCUCUUGGAAACGUUUUGACUUAAGUGCAGUGGAAAAUAGCAACCUGUCCAAUCAAAGCCAUCUACACUGAAAAUAUUUCAAGCUUGAAAAUUGACGAAUACUCCAUUUUUUUUUGGACAAUUCCAUAACUCAUACGUAAUCACUUACACGAAAGUGUAACAGAUUAAAAAAGACACAGUGAACCGAGAAGAAGGCGAACGAACGAAGAAAAACAAUCAGAAGCAAUUCAUCGCAUGGGAACAUCUAUCAAUUUUAAUCGAUAUUCAUCACAAAUCUCAUUGCACAACAUGUAUACUAGGAAUCAUCACUCGCAACGAGCACCCAUCUUGCUUUGGGCGCUUGUAAUAUUUGCUGCUGAGCUCGAGAUUGGUCUAGCCGCAACGCAGAAUAUGGCAAAGCAUGCCGAACCGAUGUUUGUCACCAGAUCGGAAACGUUUAAAUUUGUGGCGGGCGAAACAAUUCAUCUGCCAUGUGAAGUCUCGAACGCAGAAAACUAUGUUGUGGCUUGGAAACGUGGCAUCGCCAUUCUGUCGGCCGGAAGUGUGAAAGUUACACCAGAUCCACGUGUGCAUCUUGUUAAUGGAUAUUCACUUCAAAUUAAAAACGCUGUACCACAGGAUGCCGGCGACUAUGUUUGCCAAAUUGCAACGCUUGAACCACGUGAAAUCACUCAUACGGUAGAAAUUUUGGUUCCACCAAGAAUACACCACAUCAGCUCGGGCGGCCACAUGCAAGUCAAGAAAGGUGCAUCGGUACGAAUUGAGUGCUCAGCAUCAGGAAACCCAAGUCCCAACAUAACCUGGACAAGAAAGUUUGAAAAUCUUCCAAAUGGUGAUGAAAAACUAUCCUCGCCAGUGUUGCUCAUCGAAAGCAUGGAUCGUCACAAAGGUGGUACCUACAUUUGCACCGCCAACAACGGAGUCGGUCAACCAGCCAGUACCCAAGUCGUUCUGCACGUAUUAUAUCCACCUGAAAUAACUGUCGAAACUCCGGUCGUAUUCUCUGGCGAAGAUCAGGAAGCUUUGCUAGUUUGCAUCGUGCAUGGAGAAGCGCAACCAGAUGUUAUUUGGUUUAAGGAGACCAUGCAAUUGGAUACCACGGAACGUCAUAUUAUGGGUAAAAAAGGAUCACGUCAUACACUCAUGAUUCGAAAAGUUCAUCCACAAGAUUUUGGUAAUUAUUCGUGUGUCGCUGAGAAUCCACUUGGAAAGACUCGCAAAACUCUGCAACUCACCGGAAAACCGAAUACGGCUGUAUUCCGGUCUGCACCAACGAGCCAAUACAAGGACAGAUACAACAUCUCGUGGACAGUUGAUUCGCAUACGCCCAUCGAAGAGUUCAAAUUGUAUUUCCGAAGGUUACCACAAGGACAUGAUAUUGAUAACAGCAUAGAUCAACAGCAACAGCAACAGCAACCCUUGCAACAUCACAGAGACAGUCAAUCGCAUCGCAAUUAUGGUAAUUUAAUGCAUUGGUCACGAAAUGAUUGGCGUGAUGUUGUUUUGCCAUCGGUACCACUAUCUCAUCACUACACACAGGGCAUGAGCUAUAUGAUACGCGGACUUGAUCCAGAUCAGCAAUACGAGGCUCGCGUUCAAGCAAGAAAUCGCUAUGGCUGGAGCGAUAUGUCGGAGAGCUUCACCUUUAGCACAUCGAUGAACGAUGGCUUUUCUGAUAUCACUUCCUUCCUGAAUCAUGGCUUGUCAGAUUCUGAAAUGCGAGGAUUGAGCGUCACGUACUAUGGAUCCGGCUCACAAUCGAUCUACAAAAAUACCGUAAAGUUCAUAUUACCGAUAGCUAUGUUUCUAUUCAAAAUUUUCGUAUAAGUAAAUACUUAUGAAAAAGCACACGUGAAACACGUUCAUUAAGGAGUUUUUUUUAUACGUUUGAGACAGAAGAAGAAAAAAAAUUGAUGAAGCAAAUGAUAAUGAUGAGAAUUAAAUGUCAUACAGCUACAAAACGGAAGAAACAAAACCAUUAACUUACACAUGAAGUAAAAAAAAACACACAGACACACACAAACACUUUAUUAAGGAGAUAUUGUAAGCUGAUCGUUAGUAUUAAAGAAAAAAAAAGAAGAAAUUAAUCUAAGUGGAUAAAUGUAAGGAUUAUUUAGAGUUAAAGGAUAUGGAAAACAAGUAGCGAAUGAAAGAACCAUAUGGCAAACUUAAUUUAAACAAUUUAUUGAAACCGUUGAAGGGAACUUAUACUCAUCGCACAGCAGAUAUGAAAAAGAAACGUGGAUAAGAAAUAGGAUAAAUUUCCAAUUUUUUAUGUAAAUAUAAUGCAUUCAAUCUAAAGAAAAAGAAAACAUUCGUAGAUCACUCGAGCCAAAUGCAUUUGAUGAAAGCAACAACAAGAGAAAAUUUCAUUUUUUCAUUUUCAUUUGAUGCGUUUUUCAAUGAAUUUUCCAAAGAAUUCAUUUUUCUCACUUUUGCAAAUUACUACAUUACAAUAAGUAUACUUUACAGCAAAUUAUGAUGAAUUGAUUCAAUCACAAAUAAACAUACCACUCACCCACUUACACUCAAACACAAAAGAUAGUAUUAUUGCUUAAACAGAUAGCUUAUAUAACUAUGGGUUACUACGAAUAUUGAAUGAUGUUUAAAAGAAGCAGCAAAGAGAGAAAAAAAAACAACCCUUCGUGUCUACACUCUUAAGAGUUAUUUAUUUGUAUUUCAAGUAUAUUCAAAACCAAGCAUGGACGUAAUGAUUUUUGAAUGGAAUAUAUUGUCGCAAGCAAACAACAACUAAAUAUGUCAUCAUAUUUCUUUAAGUAAUUUAUUACAAAACAACAAGCGAUAAGAUGCCUGUUUAAUAAUAAAAUAUGAUGUGAAUCAUCAUAAAAUUAGGGAUGAACGAUCUAAUCAGUUCUUUGAAUUAAAACAAAAACGUUUAACAAUCGAACACUUUACCAAAAAAAAAAAAAAUUAAAUAGAUAUUUGCACCGCUCACUUUAAUCUCCAUAGCUGUCAAUCGGACAGGGACAGUUUCAAAUCAAUAACGUAUCGAACAAUGAAAUCAAUAUCAGUAACGAAAAACAAAACAAAAAAUAAAAUCAAAUAAAAGGAAUGGCAAACAUUGGCCAAGCGAUUGAUAUGUUCACCGCUCUUCCAAAGUCAAUCAAUGCCUCAUUCAUUUAAAUAUAUUUAGCCAAAUGGAAUCAAUCAUUUCAUUUUGAGGAUCCAUUUUAAAAUGUCUACCAAAUGACAGCAUCUCAUUCAAAUUAUGAAAUUAGCAUGUAAUAUGUGUACACGGUUAAAUGCUACCAUAAAAUGAAUAUGUAUACAUUUAUUGAAAUUUAAAAUCGUGCAUUUUCACAUACACACAGAGAAACACAGACACAAAAAUACACAGACACAAGCAAAUCAAAGUCAAAUAGCAAUUCCCUUGUAAUAAAAAAAAAGAUUUUUUUUCAUCGGUUUGGUCAUCAUUUCCACCAUAUGUGGACACAAACAAUGCCAUCGUGUAGUUGUCACAAACUAUAUAUAACCAAAACAUAAACCAUCUAGAGCUUAAUAUGAUUAAAAUAUUAAAAUCAGCGAACAAGAACAUUGAUGAAAAGAAAAUGUCGGAAUUUCCUUUGAUGUACCGUGCGCAACAUUCAUGCCAUGCACAACGAUAAAAUUAUAGAUGAAAAUAAAAUACAAUCUGAAAACACAACAGAGACAAGUUUUACCUCGAUCAAUGAGUUUAAACCAUUUUUCGGACUGUCCAGGCCAAUGGAAUGAAAAUAAAUACACGCAAUUCUUUACAACAUUCAACUGCCAUUUAAUACAGUCCUUUCAAUUUAAAACUAUAUUAAUGUGUUUAAGACUAAGACGAAAUCAACAAGAAAGGACAACUUGUUCUUUCUUUUUUUUUUGAAAUUAUAAUCCAUCAUACACACCAAACAAUCACAAUCACCUACGACAAAGUGAAUACUAUUCAAAUUUUUUUUCAUUCCAUUGUUUUUAUUUCACAUUUGAACAACACAAACACAACUGACAUAUUCAAACACAAAUCGUUUAUAAGUCAAUGAAAAAUGAAAAAUAAAAAUUACAAACAAGAACAAAAAAAAGAGAAUGGAUAGAAAAAAACGGACGCAAAAAAUAACAUGUAAUAGUCUAAAUCCAAAUGAUAUUAUAGAGCAUUUUUGAAAACCAAUAUAUUUUAAAUGUUAUCUCACUUACAAUCAAAUAAAUGUAUGUAUAAUCGCGUAUGUGUUUAUUCAUAAAUUAAAGCAACAAAAAAAACGUAAGAACAUAAAAGUUUAACGAUGCAUGGUAAUUUAAUUAAAGUGAAAACAAAAAAAUAACAAAAACUGAAAUUGAAUGAAGAAAUAGGAGAAAUUAAAUGCUAUGAAUAUCGCAUGCAACGUAUAAAAUUAGCAAUCGAUUUAUAUUCUCCUUAUGUUCAAAGAAGGAAAAAUUCACGCAAAAUAAGCAUGGGGCAUUAUUCCUCCUCUCCAGAAUAUUACCAUUUCAACGCAAUUUCCCAUAUAGCUCUUAACAUAGUUUGUUCGCCUUGAACACUCUCAGCAAAUAGUGAAAACCGUUUUUCCCCGAUGAAGAUGUGACUUUUCCGUCAACAACUUGAAGAAUGUCGUUUUCCCCAGAUUCAGAACUUUAUCGAUCUUUCAAGCGAAUUGAUGGUGUGUACCGAAGAUUUUGCGAAGGCUGAUCGUAUUUGAAAGCUCAUUUAACAAGAAUGCUGAAAACAUAAAUCGAACUAUCAGAAUUGUUGUACGCAAACCAUGCGACAGUAAACGACAACGUACUUUUUGAAUCACCACCAAUUGUUCACACUUCUUUCGAUAUAACUGAAUGCAAUAGCCGAACCCAACACUGCCAUAUUCCUAUUUUACAUUCAAUUUACACUGGUUUGAAGACAACGCUCAUUGAGAUUUAUGUUCAUUUACAAUUGCAGUACUCAUUCAAAAAUUAGUGCACAGUUUAUAUUUGACAUGAAGGAGUUUUUGUAUGUUCAAACCCAUAAAAACAUGUUAUCUGUCGCCAAGCAUCAAAGUAGCUCAUGUUCAAAUGUAUUGUGUUUGCAAACGAUCAAUUUCCAAACGUAUCACAAUAGAAAGAACUAGCAGAAUCAGUGGAAUACAAUUCAUUGAAAUGCAUUCGCAAUUUCAUUAUGUAAAUCUCUUUUCGAAUCCAGCCAAACUUUUGAAUUUUAAAAAAAUUCACCGUUCGUGAAAAGCAACAAACAAACUAGGCUACUUUAAUCCUUAUCGAUAGAUAUAUAGGUCAAAACCGAAUGAAAUUAGUUCCGUAAUGAAUACAAUUAUUCAGAAACAAGUAGCUAUAUGCCCUUGAAAGCAACAUUUUGAUUUGUGUGUUGCAGAAAAAACAGAAAUGUUCAUCAUUUACGUUUCAUUUGAAUAGAAUGGGAAACAGAGAGAGAAAGAGAGGGAGAGAGAGAGUGAGAGAAGGAUGAUGGCCGAGAAAUGCGCGCAAAAAUGAAUUUAAUGUGAAUGUGCACACGAAAAAUGAAAUCAUUGCAAAAAGUAAAUUUGACCAAAAGCAUCGCGAUUGAAGCAGAAACAAAUGCAAAAGCAAAAGCAAGAAAAACCAAAUGAAUUGAAACAGUUGUUAUAAAUCGUAUGAACUUUUCUAUUUCUCACAGAACGUCAUUUUUUUAUGCAAAACCAAAAUUUAGUAAAUUAAAUUUAAAAAAGAAAGUUUAUUUCAAUAAAUUUGGUGACAUAAUUGGAUCUGCAAACUGACUACUUCAUUUAUUUGAAAAUUUGUUAGGUUUCGCACACUUAUUCUUUCUUUUUUAAAUUAAUAAAUUUAAAAACCAGCGACAUUUUUCUAGUGAUAAUCGUACAAAAUGUAGCUCAUUCAUGUGCACUAAUUUACAUUUCUAUGAAUAAAAUAAUAAAAAAAGUAAAGUAUAAUAUAAUAAAAGCCGCGCGAAUAGUCCAACCAAACGGAACAUUAAUUGAACAACAAAGAACAAGCGCCGCGAUAAAUAUAUUUGGUGAUUCAUUCGAUAAUGAAAGUUAAAUUUCAUGAAAAAAAAAAUGAGUUCCAUUCAAAGACAAUGGAAGAUAACAACAAAAA